GUGCGAGGCGGCGGGGCUGAGCUAAGCCGAGCCCACGUGUGACGGCUCUCGCCGCUGCCCCGGCUCCGCGGCUCGCAGAGCGAUUCGGAGGAGCCCGGGCGGGGGGGGAGGAGGAGGGGGAGGAGGGAGCGGAGAUCUCGGGGCUCGGAGCCGGCCGCCGCUCCGCUCCGAUCGCUGUGGGGCUCGGCUCUUUCGGGGGUGGGGGGGGCGGGGGGGCUCCGCUAUGGAGGCAAAUGGGAGCCAAGGCACCUCGGGCAGCGCCAACGACUCCCAGCACGACCCCGGUAAAAUGUUUAUCGGCGGACUGAGCUGGCAGACCUCACCAGAUAGCCUUAGAGACUAUUUUAGCAAAUUUGGAGAAAUUAGAGAAUGUAUGGUCAUGAGAGAUCCCACUACGAAACGCUCCAGAGGCUUCGGCUUCGUCACGUUCGCAGACCCGGCCAGCGUAGAUAAAGUGUUAGGUCAGCCCCACCAUGAGUUAGAUUCCAAGACGAUUGACCCCAAAGUUGCAUUUCCUCGUCGAGCUCAACCCAAGAUGGUCACAAGAACAAAGAAGAUAUUUGUAGGCGGAUUAUCUGCAAACACAGUUGUGGAGGAUGUCAAGCAAUACUUUGAGCAGUUUGGGAAGGUGGAGGAUGCAAUGCUGAUGUUUGACAAAACCACCAACAGACACAGAGGGUUCGGCUUUGUCACUUUUGAGAAUGAAGAUGUGGUGGAGAAAGUCUGUGAGAUUCAUUUCCAUGAAAUCAAUAAUAAAAUGGUAGAAUGUAAGAAAGCCCAGCCGAAGGAGGUCAUGUUCCCACCGGGGACGAGGGGCCGGGCCCGGGGACUGCCUUACACCAUGGACGCAUUCAUGCUGGGAAUGGGGAUGCUUGGCUACCCCAACUUUGUGGCAACCUAUGGCCGCGGCUACCCCGGAUUCGCUCCCAGCUACGGCUAUCAGUUCCCAGGCUUCCCGGCAGCAGCCUAUGGACCAGUGGCGGCAGCGGCGGUGGCAGCAGCCCGAGGAUCAGUCCUGAAUAGCUACAGUGCUCAACCGAAUUUUGGCGCGCCCGCUUCCCCGGCAGGCUCCAACCCGGCGCGGCCCGGAGGCUUCCCGGGGGCCAACAGCCCAGGACCUGUCGCCGAUCUCUACGGCCCUGCCAGCCAGGACUCCGGAGUGGGGAAUUACAUAAGCGCGGCCAGCCCUCAGCCGGGCUCAGGCUUUGGCCACGGCAUUGCUGUGAUGUCCUUGGACCCGGAACCCCACCAGCCUCACUCCUCAUCCCAACCAGAGAUGGCUCACUUCGGACGGAGGGUUGGCUGCAUCUCAUCAUCUCACGAUACUGCUGUAAUAUACAACAACGGCUUUUAAAUGUGUAUAUAACUCAUGAUUCUGGUUCUGUUUGGUUUUGUUUUGUUUUCUUGAUGGUUUCCUGUCCCCGUUUCUCUUCCCCUUCUCCUUUGAAAUUUCCUUGAAUCACGUUUGGGUAGUGAUUUUGACUUAGUCUCGUAGUCACACAGCUUUAAUAUCUAGAUAAAAAGCUAACCAUAGUAUAAUUGUCAUAUUAAGGACUUCUUUUUUCUUUAAAAAAGAUUUUUUUUUUGCUUGUUUUGAUUCUGUUUUCACGUUGAAAGGAUGUUGAGAUGGUAAUAUGACUCUCAAUGUUUUGGUACCGGUUCUGAGACUAUGAAAUUUCAGGUGGAACCUAGCACACACACUGAAGCGAAGUUGUGAUGUGGGAGUGGGAGGUGGGCUUGCGCUUUCUCCUUUGCGUUGUAGCAGUGAGGUGUAGUAGGCUAAUGAACAGACUCUAGCAUUUCUUUGGUGUGAUGUCUCUUUGUUAACCUCAGUCUAUCUAUUUUCGGCAAUAAGGUAAGGACGACAAUGUUUUCGGAGUGUCCUCCUUUUUAUAAGUGCUUUUUCUUUUCUGUUGAAAGAGGUGAUAUUAUAAGGUUUUUUGAAAUUGUGACUUCUAAAAGAGAAAUGUUGUAAAUACAAUUCCAUUAACUACAUAGAAACUAUUAAGAAAGAGAAAAUCAAAAAUAUUUUUGUGAGGGCGUCGGUCCCAGGCAGUUUGAUGCUCCGCGGAAGGAGGAAGGAAGGAAAGCUGGACAAAGCGGGUGACCGAGACGGGCACCCCGGCUGCCGGGCCGGCCCCAGGAACCUGACAGCAGUGCCAAGCUGCUUGUCUACGCGAUAGACCUGUGUUACGGUCAUACCAGCCUGUUAACCUCUCGUCUGUGCACAGCUUCAAAUGUUACCGGCUAGUUAGAUUUUUAUUUAAAAUAUGGAAAACUGCUUUUCCCAAGACAUUUAAAAAGAAACAAAGCUACAAUUUUAAUAUUUAACAUAUUUAAAGUUUCAAAGCACACCUGUUUGGCUUGGGUAGAAGGGGUGGGGGGGGCAUCCUUUUUCAGUCUUAAUUUUUAAAUAUUUGAUCAUUUUCUAUUGUCCGAUCAUUUCAGCGCCUCCAAAGGUCUGUAGGACACCCUGCCUGUCUUCUUCCCCUGCCCCCAACCCUGCCCCAGCGCCAGGGGCCUGUGGGGCAGGUGCAGAAGCCCCUGCCUUCAUCCCACCCUUUCUCCAUUCACUUUCUAUUUACAAAUUAGGAAAGCAACCUUUUGGUUUAUAUAUAUAUUUUUUAAUACCUCAGUGCUGCAAGUAUCACCAGAGAGGCUAUGGAAGAAAUUUUUUUUUAAUUUAUUAUAGAUGUAAACAGAAUUUUAAAAAUAAAAAGUAUAAACAUCACUGCACUGUGACUGGUGGGAAAAACUGACAAUUUCCUGUUUGCACAUGCUUGACAUUGGCUGUUAUAAUAUAUGGUCCUCGGUCGGGGAGAGAUACUUAUGAUGAAGGAUAUUUUUUAAUUUAACUUUUUUUUAAAUGUUGGUACUAGGUCGGCAACAGCAACUGUAGAAGUACAACUCAAUAGAUGGCAUUAAAACCUAUUGUAGUGUGGAUAUAUAUUUUUUUUCUUUUUUAAAAUGUGAUAUUGACGUUUUAUUAAUAUUUUUUAAAUUGUUACGUUUAUAAAUUUGGUACUUAAGGCACAGCCAGUAUGAGACACUGAAUGCGACAUUUAUUAUAAAGAGCUGCUGCACUCCUAUUUUUAUAAAUUUUACUAACGAAGUAGACUAAUGUAGACAUUCACAGACACGGUAGGGCAAACGCAUUUUCAAAUGAAGAACUCCAAAAUGCUAACUCAGAAAGAAAGAAAAAAAAAACAGCCUUUUUUCAAUUCUAAUUAAAUAGCAACGAGAUUUAAAAAAAAUCAUAGACUCUGUUUUCAUGUCAGGUUGUUUGAUGACAUUUUUGGCUUUUGGGGGGGAUUUGGUUUUUUUUCCCCUUCCUUUUUUUUUUUUUAAAUUUCCAAACAACCAGAUUAAGUAACAUGCUGUACGCUUAAAAAAAAAAAAAAAUCUCAAAACUUGUUCAAGUACUAAAAUAACAAAAUAGAAGUUUUAUUAAAAAAGAAAAAAAAAAGAAAAAAAAGAGACAGUAAUUCCCAGAAGCGCAGUGUCUAGCCUAGGAGAUAACGACUCCUUCGUCCCUGUCGGUGUUGUAUGUCAGGAGCCCCCUUUCCACCUCAUAGCGACUCUUCGUUGAUCAUUGUCUAUUAAUAAUGUAUACAAUGGCUAUCUUGUAAGCGUGCUGUCCUGGAACUAGUAUAGUGACUUUUUUUCUCCUUUUUCUUCUAGUACAUAUUGAUAGGUAUAACAUAAUUAAGGUUUAAAAAAAAUUAGACAUAGCUAUUCAGAUUUAGGACCAGUAAGGAUAGAACUUUCUCUUAUAUAUAUAUAAAAAAAAUUGCUAAUGAUUUUGGGGCAGUUUUUUCCUUUAAUUUUUUUGUUUUUCAAUUUCAAGUUUAAUUUUUCUUUUUGCUGAUCUGAUGUGGUUUCAACUAACCCAAGGUCUCACCACGUUCAAAUGCCGGCUGACUCUGCGGCAUUUUGUAGAUCCCCACCCUCCUUCUCCAUGAAGGGGCGUGCCAUACUACCUUAAAUGCUAAUGCUAGAUAUGCAAAACUGGAUUUUUUUAAUUUAUUUUUUAAAAGAGGGAGGCAUGGUAUAUUAAAAUGAUUUUACAAAGAGAAAAAAAUAUUUUUUUAAGAAUGCUCAGAAGAAAUUGCUAAUCUGUGUGAAUAUGUUUUAGAUGUUUAUAUACCUUUUGAAGAGACCCAGUAGCCCAUAGCACAAUCUUGUGGAAUCUGAUAUGUUUUCAUGUGGCUACCUAGGUUGAGGUUCACGUGAGUCCCCCCACCUCCUCAUUUAGAAGUCCAUUUUGAAACGUUUUUGUAAAUUCUUUGAGCACUGAUGUUUAGCCUUUGUCUUGGUUUCGGUUACACUCAGUGGCACAUUCAGGCACCACCCUUGACCUGCCCUAGGGGAGAGACCCUCCUGUUGAUGGCUUUGCAAGGAAUCACCCGGGAGACGCCGGGCGGGCGUCUCUCUGGCCGCCAGCUCCAUCUGCCUGAGACCCCGGAACGCCUCUCCUCCUGAACAGAGAGCAAGUGGCAUUGGUUCUGGGAUUCAUUCCUGGUGCCGCCUGGACUUGGGGGCUUGUGCAGGCGACCAAGCCUUUGGUCUUCGCUCCCGGAGCCCACGCAGACCUGGUAGCAGCUUCCUCCUACCCCGUGGGGAAAACCAAACAGCCUCGCGCUCUGUCCCAGGCGCCCACUGGCUUGAUUCCAGUGAAGCCCCAACAGGCCUCUGCGUUUUAUCCUCCAUAACCAUCAUCUUAAUUUGAACUCAUAGCUUGGACUUUAAGGUAGCAUGGCUCUAUUGCUGUCGAAUGCAUCAUUGCACAGCGAUUCACAGCCAGUGAAUGUUACACACAUCUUGCUAGACUAGGAUAAAAAUCAUUGGGUAAUUGUUGGUUCUAACGACCUGAAAGGUGUUCAGUUUUCAUUUGUGUUUUUGUUUUGUUUCUUGAGCUUUUGAUUUGGGGGGUGGGGGAGGAGUUGUUCUUUUUUUUCAUUUGGGGAUUUCAGAAAAAAUAAAAAGAUUAUUUUUGGUUCCAGAUAGAGAAACAAAAUCUAUUUUGAUCUUUAGUGCAAACGAGGGCUAGGGACUUAGCCUCCACCACCACACUGCGUCAUCUGCCAUUCACUCGCUGCAGCAUAUUCAAGAAUAAAGCAAUAUGGUUUACUACAUUUUUUAUCCAAGGUCAGCCAUGCUUUCUGUAUUAUAUUGCAUAUGAAAUUGUUUACAAAGGAAACACUAACUCAUACUUCUCUUUAUCAGUUGGAAGUGGCACACAGAGACAGAGGGAGAUGGGGAGAGGGGCAGGAAGGGGAGAAUUUUUAUUUUUUUCCUCAAAUGUGCUUCACCAGCCAGGCCAUCUUCCAAGAAAGGAGCAGCCAGGUGGGGGCGACAGGGAGAGAAGAGGGCCAGAGUGCAGGUGAGCGCACCGGUGGAAGACACUGGCGAGUUCCCUCCCCUCACCCCAAAGCUGAAAGUCAGCUUAGCCCAGUCCUGGGCAGACACUACACAAGGACAUGCUGGAAGUUAAGCAAUACUUUAAUACUGUAAUAUGUUUGUUUUCUUUUUUUUUUUUUCUUUCUUUCUCACCAAAAAAAAAAAAAAAGGAGGUAAACUAAACAAAAGCAUAUAUUUAAAAACAAAUACCAAACCCACCCCUCUCGGGGAGCAACCCAAAUCCGAACCCUCGGCUCUCAGCCCAUCAGAGUGCGUGGUCUCAGACAGGACUUUAUUUGCGGGCGGCAGGGCUGUGAGGGGAGAGGGGACUGGGGACUGAGAGUUCCGGAGCCCGCGCGGAAGGCUCCCUACUGCUGUAUUCUGUACAUACUGUACCAUCCCGUGUGGGACCUGUGGCGUCCUCUUCAGUACUGUGGGCUAGCCGAUCUGCCUUUCAUGGUGUGUUGUAAACUCGGAAUUCCAUAUGUAAUAGGAUGCAAGUCGAAGCGUUUCAUGUGACAUCAAUGUAUCUCAAUAAAACUUUCCCUAGCACUGUG